AUGGAAACGUAUUUCGGCCUCGUACGGACACCCGCCGAUGCUAUCAAGCUCUUCGAAGCUUGUAGGUUAGGCGUCUUUCCUCGGGUCCAGCGCAGGUUAUCUGAAAAGGAGAGGCAAUCCAUUCGAUCCGGAUCCGUCUUCGUCUGGGACGAGAGGGAGGCCGGCAUGCGAAGGUGGACGGAUGGCAAGUCGUGGAGCGCGAGCCGAGUUUCUGGCAGCUUCCUAACGUAUCGCGAAAUGGAGGGCAAGCGGGGCGGCGGUUUCAACAGCCAGCGGAAAACGACUGGUAAGACACCAGAGUCAGGCCGGGGUAGCGACGAGGAUCACGACGAUGGCGAGCCCGAGGGCUACAGGUAUAAGGCCGACGGUCUGAUGAAGCAGUCCUUCAGCAUCACCACAUCCACCGGACAGCACUUGCACCUUAUCUCUUACUUUACCAAGUCUCACAGCCAGUCUUCGGACCUCCCGCAGCCAUCCACCGACCCCCAGCUCCGUCACAUUAUGCCGGCCAAGGGGCUUUACCCCGAAUCGAGCUGGAGCGAUUCGACCGCGGCUCCGGCCCUCGCAAGAGCUGCCAUGACGACAGGCCACCAUGCGAGCACUCACUACUCAACUGCUCCCCGUAUGAGCAGUCGCCGCAUCAGGUGGCCCCUCCUCCUCCCCCAGGCAGCUACCCGGCGCAACCUCCUUCGUCUAACAGACUCCCUCCCCGGCGAUGCUGCUCCACCAGCAGCCCCAUCAAUCUCACCUUCCGCCGCAGCCUCAUUAUCCCUCGCCGAUGACCCCCACCACGCUCAGCACUCGCCCCAUACUCCUCACUACCCUCCUACGCCACAAAUGCAAUCGCACAUGUCGCAGGCGCCCCCUCACUUCCCAACCUCGCGGCCCAUGGACUCUCCCGUGGCCCAACAUCUUCAAGCAGCCGCGGCCCAGGCAGUUCUCAACACGGGUGGACUUGCGCCGCACAGCACGACGCCGCCGGCGAGGACUCUCAGCGUCUCGCCUCCCCGAAGUGCCCGCUCUGACACAGCAUCUGCCCAGAACUCUUCGAGCAACACGUCGUACGCCCCCUCGGCCAUGGCGCAGACCCCCAACCUGCCUCCCAACAAGGCUAGCCUUUCGGCUCUAUUGCUUCACCCUUGCCCGCGGCUCCCGAGGGCACGUCUGCGAAUUCCCCGCGUGGGUGGAUGUAUGGAUGGCAAGUCUAUGACUGAGGACGCAAGGGCUCUCAGGGUCCUGGACAGGAAGUUCUGCAUCUAG